UUCUCAGCCUAUCAGUGAAGGGGCGAGGUGGGAGAGCGAAACUAUAGCUGAGGAGCGCCGGCAGUUUUCUUUGUUGCGGAGCUGAGGGCUUUUAGCGCUGACAGAUUUAGUGAGUGAAGAUGUCCGGGCGUGGGAAGCAGGGCGGGAAGGCGCGUGCCAAGGCCAAGUCACGCUCGUCGCGGGCCGGACUGCAGUUCCCCGUGGGCCGCGUCCAUCGCCUGCUGCGAAAGGGCAAUUACGCGGAGCGGGUGGGUGCCGGCGCCCCGGUGUACUUGGCAGCCGUGCUGGAGUACCUGACGGCCGAGAUCCUGGAGCUGGCGGGCAACGCGGCCCGCGACAACAAGAAGACUCGCAUCAUCCCGCGGCACCUGCAGCUUGCCAUCCGCAACGACGAGGAGCUCAACAAGCUGCUGGGCAAGGUGACGAUUGCACAGGGUGGUGUUUUGCCCAAUAUCCAGGCCGUGCUGCUCCCCAAGAAGACUGACAGCCACAAAGCCAAAGCUAAGUAAACAUAAGGCUUUCCCUUGUGCUGCACGUUUCCAGAGAAAAUAAUUCAAAGGCUCUUUUCAGAGCCACCCACAAAAUCAUGAAAGAGCUCAAUUAUCCAUAGUAUAAUUACGCUGCCUUAUAUGAACUACUCAA